AUGCGCGUCAUCUCGCGCCGCCGCCGGAAGUUGUGUCUGUGUGGUGGUGGCGCGAGCCAGGCAUCUAAGCUGCUUGGCGAUGGCCGGUUGUGAGUGAUGACCAAGCUUCUGGCCGUGGCGCGCAGAGUUGCUUUGGCCGCCGUGCGCUUCAGCACCCAGGGCUGCAGCGGUCUCAGCAUGUUCUAUGCCGUGAGGAGGGGCCGCAAGGCCGGGGUCUUCCAGACCUGGAGCGAAUGUAGAGCCCAGGUGGACCGGUUUCCUGCUGCGAGAUUUAAGAAGUUUGCCACUGAGGAGGAGGCCUGGGCCUUUGUCGGAAAGCCUGCAAGCCCAGAUGGCUCAGAAGGAGAAUUUGUCGUCGUCUACACUGAUGGCUGCUGCUCCAGCAAUGGGCGGAGGAGGGCACGAGCAGGAAUCGGUGUUUACUGGGGGCCGGGCCAUCCUUUGAACAUAGGCAUUAGGCUUCCCGGGCGGCAGACCAACCAAAGAGCAGAAAUUCAUGCAGCCUGCAAAGCCAUCGAACAAGCAAAGGCUCAGAACAUCAAGAAGUUGGUUCUAUAUACGGACAGUAUGUUUACUAUAAAUGGUAUCACUAAUUGGGUUCAAGGCUGGAAGAAGAACGGGUGGAAAACGAGCACAGGGAAAGAGGUGAUCAACAAGGAGGACUUCGUGGCACUGGAGCAGCUCACCCAGGGCAUGGACAUCCAGUGGCUUAUGGAGGUGUGCUUGAUGGAGAGCGAAUGCCACAUACGUAAAGUGGACUAUGGACUCCCCGGUGAAGCCCUUGCCAGAACUGCCUGUCACCCCCCAGGGUUUUCUCACGCCACUUUGAAAUCAUUCCUGCCCUGACUCCAUCCCCAGGCGACCACCGAUCUACUUGCUGUCACUGUUGAUUAAUUUGUGUUUUCUAGGAUUUUAUAUCCCUAGAGUCCUACGAUACAAACUCCUUUUGUGUCCGGAGCUCGGUCGUCGGUGUGAUUAUUUUGGCGUUGAUGCCAGCUGUGUCUGUCGGUAGCUCACCGAGGAGUAGUUUUAUUGCUGAGGAGUUGCACUGUGUGGGUACACCGCGGCUCGUGCGCCCGUUGUCCUGCUCACGGACAUUUGCUUGUCCCCAGCGUGGGCUGCGGUAAAUAAAGCUGCUCUGAACGUGGAUGUGCUCGUCUUUUCCUGAACGUGUGCUUUUUCUCUUGAGGGGAAUGGCGCGGUCGCAUGGCCGGUGUGUGUUCGACUUUAAGAAGCGCCAGCCAACAUCUUUUACCAUUUUACGUUCCCAUCAUCAGGGCAGGAGAGUCCCAGUGUGCUCCCCAUCCCUGUCAGUGCUACUUGUCACCUCGUUUUGUCACAGACGUCUGUGGUUCUGUUGCUGGUGAAGAUUUGGGAAGAUCUCAAAGUGCUCUUACUGCUUCCCCUACCCUCCGAAAAUCUGAUUUUUUUUUAAUUGGGCAGUUCCUCUUUAUGUGCCCAGGAUUGGAAAUACAGAGAUGACAUAUUGUGCCUUCCAAAACUUUCCAGUCUCCUAGGGGAUUUGCACGAAUGCAAGUAAUAGCCAUACAGAGCAGGAAGUGCAUGGAGCUUGAGGUAAGAGGAGGCUCAGCCACUUCUAGUGAGAAGGGGAAUGAUAAAGGGACAGGAAACUCCUUCUUACUAACAGGAAAUACCUUAGUGAUUAUGUGAAGCCAGCUGCAUCGGCGCGCCCAGGCGGCUCAGUUGGUUAAGCGGCCGACUCUUGAUUUUGGCUUGGGUCAUGAUCUUAGGGGUUGUGAAAUCGAGUCUCACGUCUCACUCCACACUGAGCGUGGAGCCUGCUUGAGAUUCUCCCCCUCUCAAAAAAAUAAAAAAACAGCUGCAUCGUUCCAGCUUUAGAAAUGUGUCGUUCUGUCCGCUUUGUCAACGUCAGGGAACAGUUGAGUGACGACAGCAUGGAGCAUAGUGCUGUGUCGUGGGGUACAGAAGCUUCUCAGUGGCGGCUGCUCUCAAAACGUGAGCUUAAUGAUUUGCAGAUCGAGGCUGCUUAAGUGUUAUUUGUAGCUUCCACGCCAGAGCGAUGAGGUGACUCCACUGCUGGGGUUUGAGAAAAUCGAGAGGCUCUCCGCUGUCUCUCAGGACAGGCACACGAAACACGAGCUAAACAAAACCAAACCGAAAACGCCGUUCAGGCGGUCGGGCAGCUUGUGUGGUAACGGGCACCUGUUGUUUCCAGCGAUGUUUAUUCCCAGUCAGGCAAGCCUGGGGCCUUCAAAGGAAGAUCUUGGUCUCCGUGUCUAGCUGUCUACCACAUGCUCAUAUUCUCGUUGUUCUGGAACGAGAAGGGGAGCUGCUCAGUGACAGCCCCCUUGCCAGGUACUGUGCGGAUCGGACUCGCAGAACCUGGUGAGAGCAGGCCACUGAACGAAGCGUCUGGACGCUGUCGCACCGCUUUCUGUCCGUUCUGCGGCUCCGGCGCUCAGAUGCCACCUCCAGCAGGGGAGCACGCGGGCAGGGUGCCCCCUGGCUGUGUCGUGUCCCCUGUGCAUGGAAGGCAUUCAGAUACUUGAAGAAAACCCGCACCGGUUUGUGAAGACGGCUGUGGUUCUUCAUCGUCUGCCGAGGGGAUGGAAGGGAGAGAGAUCGGCACAGGACCACUGGUCUGAACGCUGACGUGAGCAGUCAUUUUGCAAAGAACAGCUUUCAUCAAAAUAUGCCUCAAGAUUAGGAUCCCUCCCUAGUGCUUUCCUCCACUGGAGCCACAGUGGGAGGAAGGAUCUUGGACGAACACAGACAGGGUCCGUGACGUGGGAGAGAGGACCAGCAGGUGCGGUCUGUCCCCGUGUUACAGAGCUCUAUUGCUUACUCCCAGAGGUACGUGAGAAUUUAGUAUAAAAGGCAGUAACUCACCAGUGGUGUAAACAGAUCCUUUUGUCUAGGACUCAAAAUCCAUUAAUGAUAAAAGAAACUUAAGAACUACAUAAAAAUCAGUUAUGAACUGAAAGGAUUUUAUUAUUAUUAUUUAUUUUUAUUUUUUUAGAGAGCGAGCGUGUAUGCACACAGAGGAGGUGAAGGGCAGAGGUAGAGGGAGGGAGAGAAUCUUAAGCAGGCGCCACGCUCGGUGCGGAGCCCGAUGUGGAGCUCAGUCUCAUGACCUGGAGAUCAUGACCUGAGCCAAAAUCAAGAGUUGGACUCUUUACCGACGGAGCCACCCAGGCGCCCCUUGAACUAAAAGACUUUAAAAAGCCGUAAGCAUAGACAAAUUUAGAAAAAGAAUUGGAACUGCUAUGACAAGAGGCUGAUUUCUCUGAUACGUAAAGAACUUGUAGAAAGUGAGAAAAUGCCUAAUAAUAGAAGAACGGGCCGGUCGUAAAUCACUCAGAUGCACAUGCCCUCGAGCACGGAAGACAUACUCAGCUUCACUCCUGAGAGCAUGAAAACUGACACUACGCUGAGACGUCAUUUUUAUGUAUCCUAUUAAUACCUCGUAACACAGGAUUUAUUAGCAAAAAUCCAGAAGUCAGUGAGGCUGCUGGGAAACCAUGCACUUCCGUGCUGUUGUGGUGAGCUCAAAAUGGAAAACAGUUUGCCCUGUCUACUGAAAUGAUGAGCGCGUUUACCUUUGAUCCACCCUUUGCCGGUUUUUGGAAUUUGCACUGCAGGUACACCUGCAGACGUUCAAAUAAAAGACAAGGUUUGUAGCAUCUGAAAAGGAAGAGAUACUGGGGUCUCGCCGAAGUGGCCAUGCGCGGCUCACGGAGAAGCAGGGUGCGGAGGGCUUGCGUGGUUUUGUGCGGGGGUGGGGGUGUGUACAUUCGUGCCGGAGCACCAAGAGGGUACCUGAGGGGUGCAAGGUGGGCGGGAGCAGGUGCAGGGAGGACAGCUCUCCACGUGUAAACUCCUGUGUGUCUGUAUGUCGUCUUGAUUUUGAAUCACGUUGGAAUCCUGCUCAAUAAUAGCAACAAUUUUAGAGGUCUGUUUUCCUAGGAAACGGGAGGGAAUGGUGCACUCGCCUGUAGGACUCCACUGGCAGAAAGCUCGUCCAGUGGGGCAGGGCUCACUGAGGUUUUGAACUGCAGCCUCUGUCUUCUCACCCACAUCACUGGGGUCACCCAGGCUCCCCAGGCCCUGGCACCCUUUGUCCUGGGAGCCCCAGAACGAGCACGGUGCCUCUUUAGGGUUCUGCUUCACCGAACAUUUGAAGACCCGGAGGCCAGCUGCUGAGUCCGAGCUGUGCCCCCCAAGUUCCUCUGGGGGAGGCUGUAUUUGGAGAUGGGGCCUCUGAGGAAGUAAUUAAGGUCAAAUGAGCUCCCUCCGUCCCUGCCCUGGCCACUGAGAACAGAGGAAAGGGCACGAGAGGACACAGUGAAGCCAGGAAGGGAGACUUCCCAGAAACCCAGUCAGCUGGCACCUUGAUCCUGGACUUCUGGCCAUGGGAAUUGUGAGAAAUGUUUAAGGCCCCACCCUACCCCUGUCGGUGGCAUUGUGAAUGACAGCCUGAGCUGGGUCCCCAGUAGGGAUGCCUGGUGAAGUCCAGUCUCCUCUACUUUGGGUAGGAAAUGAAGUUAAGGUCCUGUCCUCGCCGCUCGCCACGUGGGCAGCAUUACUCCGCCACGGAGGCAGUGCGCGUGAUUCUUCUGAGGCUCUGCUCAGUGAACGUGCCAGUGAGACAGCUUUGCUUUGUUAGGUGACAGCUUUUCCUAAAUGGAGUUGUUACGUUCAUAACAUCCACAUCGUUUUGCUGAAGCCCAGAAGAACAAACAUAAAAAUUAAGAAAUAGGGGCGCCUGGGUGGCACAGCGGUUAAGCGUCUGCCUUCGGGUCAGGGCGUGAUCCCGGCGUUAUGGGAUCGA